AUGUCGGCGGAUGCUCAGCCGUAUGUUCCACCGCGUGAAUCCGAAGACCCGGCUCCGAAGCUGUCUGCGAAUGCUUCGCCCUAUAUCCCUGCUACGAAGCGAAUCAUGGACACGGCGCUGGCUGAUCCAACCAAGCAAGAGCACUCGCCUGGGCUCGAGAUAAAGCGCGUCGAAAGUGCGCCGGAAGUCCAGUCUCCGCCCAAAGAGACCACGCCGCCGCUGACCUCGCCGUGCUACCUGCAAUCCGUAAAACGCGAAGUGCAUUUGGCUCCGGCCUCUGUCCAAAUGGAGGGUCUGAUGCACUGUGCCGAUCCUGUUGCAGCACUGGACCAGGCCAUACUGGCCAGCCAGAUGCCGGGCAACGAGCACAGGACGCCUACGACGCUCGAGAUUCCCCUGUCGCUCCCUCCGCCGGUCAUCCAAGCACGUACGAAUCCCUACAUUGACCUCAGCGCCCACCUCAAGCACCACGGCAUGGAAGCCGAAGCGGAAGAGUUUACGCGGUCCCAAACGACCUGCGACUUUGUCCUGACGGCCUUCCUGACGAUGUAUGCCCCCCCGGGCACGUCGUCGCCCGCGGCCGUGAGUAGUGCGGGCGAGACGCUCAUGUCGGAACUCGAGCAUGCGGUCCGUGCACGCGAAAAAGACCUGCAGGCUCAGCUCGCGGCGAUCGCUGCGCGCGAUCCGCCCCUACCAGGAAGCAUGCAUCUCCCGUUGGAGCUGCACCUCCCCUGGCUUCAUCCCCCAUCUGGAAUCCCUAAUGCGACUUUGCCCUUUCUCCCCACCCACUUUCUCGCCGUGUGCCGCCGGCGUGCGUCGCCGCUUGCGAACGGCGUGCGUGUCGUCGAGGCGCCGUGCUUUCUCGUGCCGAUCCACUGGAUUGUGUAUGCGCUGCAGUGUGCGCACCUUCCUACGAUGGUGCACGGCACUGGCGGUGUGCCCGUCCUCGAGUGCACCGUGCCGUUCCCCCAGCACUGGGCGCUGAUCCACCGCUGGCUGUACACGCGCGACACAGGCAAGCUUCUUGCGUCGCUCCUGCCACUUGGCACGCUACGUGCGCUACCGCUUGCGGCGAUUGCCGCGCUGUCGCUCCCCACGCUGACGCGCCUCGCGCUCAAGAUCCGUGCGACAUGGCACAAUGGGCGUGCGAUCGGCAUCUAUGCCGAGUCCUUUUGGUUGACGCUGCGCCGUGCGUGGGACUUGACGGUGUGCGCGAUUGUCGUGCGCAAAGGGCGCGUCGGCAAAGCGCAGCUCGAAGUCCACAGCGCGUGA